AUGCCCUCCGACUCCUCCGACAAGGGCGUCACCGGUGCCGCUAAAUUCCUCACAUCCACGCUCGGAAACACCGUCGGCGGUGUCUCAAAGACAGUCGGUGGCGUUGCCGGCACUGCAACCCGCGGCAUUGGCGAUACCGUUACCAGCGCUACCGGGAGCACGGGGAAGCCUGUGGGCGAUGCUCUGGGAAGUGCGGGGACCGGACUAGAAGAUGGGAUGAAGAAGGUUGGAAAGGGCGUUGAAGAUGCGGGACAAUGGAAGUGA